AUGAAGAUAAACAAUCUGUGUUUGCACUGUUUGCACUAUGACUUAAUGGCCCUCUGCGCUUCCCGAGGUCUUCCUUUUUGUCAUUUUCACACCAUGGAGUGUCUGUCAGUGCGCACAAGACACUCGCUCAAGAGGCUGGGUCUUUAUUCUCGCUCGUUAUCUCCUAUAGCAUCGUCCUCUAUCGUUGCCCGCAGACAAUAUGUCCUGGUCCCGACUCCCCGGCGCAUGAAAGCCCACCAAUCUGACCUACCGGACCAAUCCGAUUCCUCAAAUACGCCAGCUUCCCUGGAGGAAAUUCCUGAAACUCCUCAGCAUGAUCAAGCGCAACCGCUGACCGGGUACUACUCAUUGAUCCUGCGCUCGCCCACUCCAUAUGCUGGCCGGGCGGUGACGUCGCGGCCAACACCUCGGCCCGAAACCGCACCAUCCUCCGUCGAGCCUCAAUCGCCGCAAGAAAAAAUGGCAAUUGUAUUUGGUACUCGUCUGGCUGGUCCCGGGCGAUCCUCGCGCUACAAUCCCGGCGAACAGCCAGCGUCGAUGUGGAAAACCAUCAACGGCGUGCCCAUUCCUCCACAACCUGAAGAACCGGACAACUGCUGCAUGAGCGGCUGUGUAAACUGUGUCUGGGACGACUUCAGAGACGAGAUGGAAGAAUGGGGGAACAGGGUGACCAUGGCUAAAGCCAAGGCGGGUGUCAAGGGCACACCGGAUAUGCGCUCUGCACCUAGAGCAGAGGUCAACUCUGCCAGUGGUAGCAUGGAUGAUGAUGGAGGAGGCAGCGAGGCCAAUUGGACUCAACCUGGCAAAGACGACGAUUUGUUUGCCAACAUCCCCGUUGGCAUCCGAGAGUUUAUGAAGAUCGAGAAGAAGUUGCGAGUGAAGCAUGAGAAGGAAGCCACGCCGUGA